AUGAUACACACCCUGGGUAAAGUGGGUAGAAUUGCAGAGGUGUAUGGUGACGGAGACCUAAAGAUUGACGUCAAGGGAACCAUGUGGACCUUCAACUCACAGGCAGUGAGAAAAGUCGACGGCAACGGAAUGCCGCUGACUCCCAGUACCAGUGCCAAUGUGUCCCAGCUGCUGCGUCACAUGUUUGAGGAACAUCAGUCAGUUCGCCAGGGAAGAGCUGGUGAAGUGUGCGGCCAGCGGGACGUCUCGAGAGUAGGAGGACCUCUUACGAGGAGGAGAGGUCGUGUUGGUAGACGUGCCGUUAAUGAAGUACGCUCUCCAGACUGCCAGUCAGGUAUACUAGUCAGGCAUGUUGUACAGAAUGGUCACAUUGAGAUUGUCAAGUGCCUCCUCAGAAAUGGAGCCAACAUUGAAGAAGAGGACAAGGACGGAGACAGAGCGGUCCACCACGCAAGUUUCGGCGACGAACCGGAGGUCGUCGACCUUCUGUCGAGUAACUCGGCAGAUCUGAACGCGAGGAAACAAGAGACGUCAGACUCCGCUUCAGGGCUGUGA